AUGGCGGAGAAGCGGCCACUGGGGACCCUGGGGCCUGUGGUAUAUGGCAAACUCCCCCGCCUAGAGGCAGACUCCGGACCCGGGCACAGCCUGCCCCCCUCUGCUGGUAACCAGGACCCCUGCAGCUACAAGGGUGCCUACUUUUCCUGCCCUAUGGGGGGUGCUCCCAAGGCAGGGUCUGAGCGGUUGGCAUCCUGGACCCCAUACCCACCCUUGUACCCUACCAGCGUGACAGGACCCCCUCUUCGGACAGACAACCUGUUGACCAGCUGCCUGCUCUACCGCCCGCCAGCAGAAAGCUCUGAGAAGGUGCAGGACUCUGGCCCUGUUGAGCUCCUGCCCUUCGGUCCCCAGUCUCAUUCCUACCCAGGCCCACCGUUGGCGGUCCCCAAACCUGUUUACCGCAGCCCUCUGUGUUACGGGCUCUCGACUUGCCUGGGCGAAGGGGCGGUGAAGAGGCCACUGGAUGUUGAUUGGACAAUGGUGACUGGACCCCUGUUACCCCCGGCUGACCCGCCUUGUUCACUGACCCCAACUCCUGGCAAGAGCCAGUCUCUGGAUGGCACCUUCUUGCGUGGGGUGCCGGCUGGGGGAUCCGGCAAAAACUCCGUGGGCUUCUCCCCAUGUCAGGCAUUCCUGGAGAAGUAUCGGACCAUCCACGGCACAGGCUUCCUAGCCUCCAAGUAUGCGGGUCCUUACUCUGGGGACCCCAAGCAGGCAUUGUCUGAGGGACCCCCAAGUCCUUGGACCCAGCUGGCCCAACCCUUGGGGCCAGCCUGCCAGGAUACAGUGCCCACCCACUACCCACUCCCUCACCCUCACCCUCCACAGGCCCUGCCUUGCCCACCAGCCUGUCGCCACCCAGACAAGCAGGGCAGCUACAGCUCAGUGCUCCCACUGCAGCCUCUAGGAGCCCACAAAGGGACUGGGUACCCAGCUGGUGGGCUGAGCAGCCCCUACCUGAGGCAGCAGGCAGCCCAGACACCCUAUAUGCCCCCAGUGGGCCUGGACACUUUUUCCUACCCCUCUGCCCCGCUCCCAGCACCCUCACCAGGCCUCAAGCUGGAGCCGCCUCUUGCUCCCCGGUGCCCGCUGGACUUUGCUCCCCAGACACUGGGCUUUCCUUAUGCCCGGGAUGACCUCUCUCUCUAUGGGGCAUCCCCAGGGCUCGGAGGGACGCCACCUUCCCAAAACAGUGUGCAGGCUGUGCCACAGCCCGGUGCCUUCCAGCGAGGAUGCCAGCCUCUCCCUGCCAGCCAGCCAUGCCCAGAGCCCGGAAGGCCUGCAGAGAAGCCGGUGCGGGAAGCAGAGGAGAAGAUGUGGCUGCCCAGCUGCAGGAAAGAGCAGCUCCAGCCCCAGCUUGAUGAACACCCUGGAGCGCCUAUUGUCAUCGAAGAUAGUCCGGGCCCUCGCACCCCGCCGGCACUCCCAGCCUGUGCCCAGGAGCGCCAGUCUCUUCCACAGAAUCAGGGUACGCUGCCACCCAGCUCUCCACCCAUGCCUGUUAUUGACAAUGUCUUCAGCCUGGCCCCCUACCGUGACUAUCUGGAUGUGCAGGCACCUGAGGACGCGGCCGAGCCUGACUCAGCCCCUGCCCCCAGGGAGAGCCCUGCCAAAGGCUGUGGGGAGCCCCUGCCAGCCCGGGAGACCCCUUCGAAGGCACGAUGCUCGCUUCGAGAGGAGGUGGCACUGGACUUAAGUGUGAAGAAGCCCAUGGCAGAGGCUCCAGUCAGGGUUCCUAGUCCUGCAGCGCAUGCCAAGCCCCCGGCCCUGGAUGCCCCUGGUGUGGGAAACACGGUCUCGGAUCUGCCUGACCUGGAAAAGGUAGUCCCAGAGGCACCCGGGGCGCCAGCGACUACAGAGGCCACCCCUAGGACCAACUUCCAUAGCUCCGUGGCCUUCAUGUUCCGAAAAUUCAAGAUCCUCCGGCCGGCACCCUUGCCUGCAGCCGUAGUCCCAUCUGCGCCUACCCCGGCCCCUGCGUCUGCCCAGCCUGUACCCACACCCACAUCUGUGCCCCUUGGUCUACAGAUUCUCAGCCAGCCCUUGCCCGUGGCCUGCUUCAACCUGGCGCUGCCCAAUCCUCCAGCUGUAGCCAUGACGUCCCCGACCCCAGCCCCUGCUCCGGCUCCAUCGCCGGCCCAGGCCCAGGCCCCGACUCCGGCUUCUACCCCCGCCACGGCGGACUCCCCAGAGCAACACUUUACAGGACUGCAUGCGUCCCUGUGCGAUGCCAUCUCAGGCUCGGUGGCCCAUUCCCCACCCGAGAAGCUGCGCGAGUGGCUCGAGAUGGCCGGGCCGUGGGGCCGGGCAGCAUGGCAGGACUGCCAGGGCGUGCAGGGGCUGCUGGGCAAGCUGCUGUCACAGCUGCAGAGCUUCGUGUGCACCCAGCAGUGCCCCUUCCCCCACGUGGUGCGGGCCGGUGCCAUCUUCGUGCCCAUCCACCUGGUGAAGGAGCGGCUCUUCCCACGGUUGCCCCCCGCUUCCGUGGACCAUGUGUUGCAGGAGCACCGUGUGGAGCUGCGGCCCACCACGCUGUCAGAGGAGCGGGCGCUGCGCGAGCGGGCCCUGCAUGGCUGUACCUCGCGCAUGCUCAAGCUGCUGGCGCUGCGCCAGCUGCCCGACAUCUAUCCUGACCUGCUGGGCCUGCAGUGGCGUGACUGUGUGCGCCGCCAGCUGGGUGACUUGGACACUGAGGCUGGAUCUGUGCCCUCCUCAGAACCCACCGUGGCCAGAGAUGAGCCAGAAAGCCCAACCCUGGCCUGGAAGUCACCUGCCCCCAAGGCCAGGAAGCCGGGGAGGAAGCCACCAACCCCUGGCCCGGAGGAAGCAGAGGCAAAUGCUGGGGAAGGGUCCCACGGUGCCUCACCUACCCCUGCCACCAGCGCCAGCCCACCUGGCCCCACACUAAGGGCUCGCUUCCGCAACCUGCUGGAAACUGCCUGGCUCAAUGGCCUAGCACUGCCCACUUGGGGCCACAAGGCCUCAGGGCCGGAUCGGCCCGUGCCCCACCCACAGGUGUUGGGUGGCCAGAGCCAUCACCUGUAGCACUGGUUGCUGUUUGGACAGCUGCUGUGUGGGGGUCACUCUGUACCCUUAUCUUGUAGGCCAGCGGCCCAGGGCCAUCAGUGGAUACACCCUUGGAGCUUCUCCAGCUCUUGCUGCCCCCACUGGGCUGGAGACCCCGCUUUUAACUUGAGGGCCUUCGUUAGAAAGAACUACUUCCUGUUUUUUUCCUUAGAGAAAAUGUGUGGGCUUUGGAGCUCAACAGACUUGGGCUU